AUGAACGGUUACCAUGUUCCACGUAUGAUCGUACCUACCUCAGUUUCUACUGCACAUCAUGUUGAUGUUCAUGUAUUUUCUGAUGCCUCCGAGCAGGCAAUAGCUGCUGUAGCAUACCUUAGAGUGAUCUGUGAAUCUGGAGAUUCAACUACAGGAUUCCUCAUGGGCAAGUCCAAGCUUGCACCCCUCAAAGGUCAUACUAUUCCCAGAUUGGAAUUAUGUGGAGCAGUGUUAGCCAGUGAAGUAGGAGAAGCUAUAUCAACUUACCUGAGUAUAUCUUUGGACCGUUUUCAUUACUACAUGGAUAGCAAAGUAGUUCUAGGAUAUAUCUCGAACACUACCCGGAGAUUCUUCAUGUAUGUCAGCAACAGGGUGGAAAAGAUCAACAGAAUCUCAUCUCCAUCACAGUCGUCCUAUGUCUCUACAUACCGCAAUCCAGCAGAUGCUGCAACUAGGCACUCUAACGCAUUAGACUCACUGGUGAAUCGUUGGAUAUCUGGUCCUGAAUGGCUGAAACAUGUAUCUGAUGAGACUAUGGCAGAGACAUUUCCUCUUAUUUCUCCAGAAUGUGAUACUGAAAUUCGUCAGGAAGUAGUUUCUAUGAAAACAAAACUUUCUAUUAAUUCAUUGGAGCCUCGUUUUGUGAGAUUUGACAAAUGGGAAACAUUUGUGAAGGCCGUUUUAGUUCUGAAACUCUCCAUAUUAAAUCGGCUAAAGAGGAACGGACAGAAAACAUACGUAGAUCUAUUCAAAGACACCGAAAUGUUUGUCAUCAGCCAAGUUCAGCAGGAAACCUACCGGAAAGAGAUCGAAAACCCAUUCCGAGAGACAGCAAAAUACUAA